GCGUUCAUGUGUUCACCCCGGCUGCACGCACCGAAAUUGCCGCGACGGAUCCGCGCUGUGGCUGUGAGGCCCCCGGCGGAGGCGAAGGCGACUCCCGCCGGACCACAAACUCCAGAGUCGAAAGUAGCGUCUCCGUGCGCUCGUCGAGGCGUGGCGCCGUUUACGCAGCGAUGGGCCCCGAAUACAUCGACUUGACGAUGAUGAGCGCGACCGCUGCGCCUAGACCGCGCGAUUGUUGGGGAGGACCAGAGGGUGCGCUUCGCCUUGACGAGCGCAAUGCCCUCGUCAUUGUCGUCGACAGCGCAAGCAUCGACUACUGUCGCGCGCGGCGAACAGCGCUGCGGCGGCCCGGCUGGUGCUGCGCGUCUAUCGAUAUCGAAACGCUCCAAGUGUCCGGUGCGGCGCCCGUGGAUAUCCCGGAACACGUCACGGCGCGUUGGAGGUCGCUCCGUGAAGACACGGCAAAGAUUGCGGGCCUUGGAACCCGUGUGAGCCGUGGCAUCGAGGGCCGCGUUCUUGGUAUCCUCGCCAUGCUCGCGACGCCCUUUCGACAGUCCCUUUUCCUCGACAGUGACACGUUUCCGUGCGUUGACCUCCAGACCCUCUUCAACAUGACGGAGGUCCAACGCGGUGCACCGCUAGACGAGGCACCUGGCGUUGGAGGACUCCUCGAAUACGUGGAUAUCCUACUUGCACAUGAAUAUCAUACGCUUCGAGGCUUCUUAGGCGACGAGGCCAUGGGCAUGCCCGACGCCUUUGGGCUUCUCAAUGCAGGCGUUGUGUUUUACCAUGCGAGGGACCGCGUUUUCAACUUCCUCACUCACUGGCUCGAUCUCUAUCUCAAGGACCUUCAAAAAAAGAUUGGUGAUCCAACGGUGGACAAGUCUCUCACAAGAUCUUUCCAGCGCCAGCCCGCUAUGCAGUGGGCCCUCUAUGAAGGUGUGGCAAAGACAGGCCUUCGCGUCCACGCCCUCUCACCGGUCUGGAAUGCACGCUCGUGGCAACCCGCCCUCUCUGGUGUCCCGAAGCGAGAUCCAAAAAAUUUUAAUACCUGCUGCAAGCAGGGACGAAAACUUUCUUCAGAUAACUCGAUGUGUAAAUGAUUGUUAGAGACACCGAUUAUUGACUGAUUGUUAUCUCCUUUCCGACAAAUGAUUUUCGGGUCGACCGGAGCUGGGAGAUUGAGAAAAAUUCGGUUUUUCUGGCUCACUGUUUUUU